AAGCCGCCGGCGGGACAUUUCCUGGGCCAAGCCAGCUCCCGCAGGCAGGAAGGUGGGCGGCAUCCAGCACCAUGACGGAACUGGAGACGGCCAUGGGCAUGAUCAUUGACGUGUUCGCCCGCUACGCGGGGGCCGAGGGCAACAAGCAGAGCCUGACCAAGGGGGAGCUGAAGGUGCUCAUGGAGAAGGAACUCCCGGGCUUCCUGCAGAAUAAAAGGGACAGGGACGCCGUGAACAAACUGCUCAAAGACCUGGACGCCAACGGGGACUCCGAGGUGGACUUCAACGAGUUCAUCGUGUUUGUGGCCGCCCUCACAGCCGCCUGCCACAAGUACUUUGAGCAGGCGGGGAUCCACUGACGCCCUGCAGACCCUGAUCCCUGGAGGGGGCUGGGGGGGGGGGGCUGGGGUACCGCCCCCAGCUUCCAGAUCCCUGGGGGUGAUUGCUUCCCUGGAUCACCCUCUGAUCAGUAAAAUGCUUGUGACACGCA